CUGCCUUCAAAGUACCUUGUCGAUUACGUGACACCCUCCUCCGACCAGGGUCUCCGUGGCGACUGCUACCUCUUCGCGACUGCCGGGAUCCUCGAGUCGUCCUACGUGCAGUACGGCGUCGCCAAGGGCUGGCUCAACGGGUCCACGUUCCUUCGCCUGUCGAGGCAGGCUCUUGGUAUCGCGCUGAUGGACGAGUGCAAGAAGCACCCGACA